AUGUCAGCAGCCGAGGGAGGCAAGGACAAAGAGCAGGCUAACUUCAUGGCCGGAGUUCCCGCAGCUCGCUGUCAAACGUCCUCCAGGCCGUCGUGCUCACAGGUGCGGGUCCACUGUCGGCACACGCGUCGCCGCCAUUCAGAGCGGAAGCGAACGAGUCCCAGGGGGCCCGGCCAAAUAAGGCGAUGGCUUCUCUUGGAGACGGCCGCCGAUUACAAGGAUGAACCCGUUGGCGCGUGCACGCCUCGUUUCAGUCCAAUCAGCGUUCAGUCGGCGCGCGCCCAUUCAUGCGAGCGGCAGCUCGCCGCCUCGCCUUCCGCGCACCAGCACAACACUCCCCCUCCCCUCGCCCUGCAUCCCGAGGGCCCGCCUCCAAACCCGUUCCAGCCCCCGCACAAACGACACGCAUCUGUCCGUGCCGGGAACUCCGCCCUGAUACACUUCUCCCUCUUGUUUUCCUCCGCCGAGUCGCUGCUCGAAGGGACGCGCGAGUGGUCGCGAGUGUUCCGCGCUGGCCGGAGGUUCAGCCGCGCCGCCGCCAGGGGAGGACGCCGCGCUGCCGGCGGCGACUGCAGCGAUGGAUCCCCGCCCGACGAGGGGACUAUGCCAACCGGAGACGCGGACGCCUCGGAGCCGGACGAGAUCUCGUGCAGAGUGAAUGGAACACUGGAGCCAGACAUGACCGUGAAGGAGGAAGCAGAGGAACCGCAGCCGAUCGUGUGUGAAUGCUCUCCGUCGUCCGUCCUUCCCGAGGAGUGUCUUGCCCUCGACUCGCUGGGAGCGCGCGACAGGCCCUUCCGCGCGCCUCAGGAGUCCGGCCACGUCGGUCUCAGGCCGGACUGCUCUGCGACGAGCGCAUCCUGUCCCGCGACCCACUGCCUCGACGCACUGGUCACGCCAGUGGACGGCCCAGGUCACGCCGAUCCGCUCACCGGCUUCUCCUUGCAGGAGCCGCAGAAGGCGGACAGAGGCCGCAACCGGUGAGAGCGAGAUCCAAACACUUCAAAAAUACCUGUACCAUUUUAAAACUGAUGCAUAAAAAAUUUCAAAAAAAUGUUAAGUGCCCGCCUCAUCAGGAGUGUAUCUGUAUUAGUGAGGUGGGAUUAUAUACGCGAUGCUCGCUAGUGCUCCUAGCACGGUAUCGCCUCUAAGCAUGAGGCUCUGGACUGGCAGUCUUCUUGCCGUGCACAGGAAUACUAUGAAACAUGAGCGGUGACCAUAACAUUAUAUGGCGGAGAAAUGAAAAUGAAAAUGUAAUGAGAGUCCCUUAAGUGUUCUUUUAUGCCUAAAAAUUACUCUGAAAACACGCCUUUUAGCCAUUUCAACUCUUCUAAAAAUACAGUUUAAAAACUUCAUCCGGAAACCAAACCACUUAUCGGCCCUCAGCAAACUCAAAAUUUUGGUAGACCUCAUUUGAAUAUCUUGAGUAGUUUUCAAAUCACGUCUUUUUCCUGAAGCUCUGUGCACCAUAUGUGUGCCUAGGAAAUGGGGGGCCUUAAGUAUUAACAUGAACCAUAACAGUUCUGCAUAUCACUUCAAAAAAAUUAAACUAAAAAUGUUAAGUAUAAAUAUAAAACCAUAGCAAUCAGCCAAAACUGUCUACAUUCAAAAUUUUGCAAUACUUAUAGGAAAUAAAUACAACUGGGCUAUACUCCCCGAAGUGUUUCAAACAUAUUAUUAUUAAGGACUGCACCACACACACCGAGCUUCAGAAAAGAAACUUUAUUUAAAAACUGAUCAAGAUAUCAAAGUGGGGUCUGUUUACAAAAAGCAUGCAAAAAAAAAACAGAGGGCUGGUGAGUAGUACUGUUUCCAUAUUUAGUUUUUAAACUGUGUUUUUAAAAGAGAAAAAAUGGCAAAUAUGUGUGUUUUUAGAUAUUUUCCAGGAAUGAAACAUCCAGUAAAGUUUUAAAAGCAUUCAAGGGCCAUGCAAUAUACAUUCAUCUUAAUUUCUCCACCAUAAAAUUUUAUGGUUACCACACAGAUCUCAUAGUUGCCCUAUGCAUGACAAGAAGACUGCGCGUUAGUUCAGAGCUUUGUGAUCAGAAGCGAAAUCGCGAUAGAAGCACAAGCAGGCAUCGCACUUAUCUACCUGCCUCUCAAACACAAUAACACUCUUCACUAGGGGCCCCUUAAAGUCAGUAAAAAUGUUUGACUAUAACAGAAAAAUUAAAUAACCUUACCUAUAGAAUAGUAAAAAAAUUUUUUUUGAAGACUGCCCCCAUAAAUCGACAUAACCGAGUAUAAACAAACAUUUUUAAUUGUGCUUUUUCUUCAGCCCAUUUACCAAGUAAAAAUUACUAGUGAUGAUCACCUUCCCGUCCAUGUGUGCUGUGUUAGUACUCCCAAUAACCACUUAACGGAUUGGUAGCAGACGUGUAAAUAAGUACCCAUAUAACAUCACAGAUAUUAAGAAAAAAUAAAAAAUAAAAAAACUGAAUUAUGACAGCAGAUACUUGAAACUCAAUUAGGAUGGCAACACUGGUUAAUCUAAAAUUUCUGGGUUAAUUCCUUGCAGUAUUCUCCCUGAAACAUAAAAUAAAACACAAUAAGUAUUGAACUAUUCAAGUUAUUGUAGAAGUGCACUCCUCGAAAAAAACAUAUUAAAUAUCUAUUACUCAUAGAGAGCGUAGUCCCGCGGACAGAAAUGCAAGCCCAAGAGAGAAGCGAGGGAUCGGUUACAUGGUUUGUUACAGCUACAAUUUUCAGUGGGUCUCGUCAUGAUGACAUUCACUGCCAAGGCUAGGUAAGCGUAAUACAGAGAAGUGCUCAAACAAAAUAUGCUAGAUCACGGGGGGUAUGCCUUAACCAAAUGGCUCCGGUCGGGGGUACAGCUGGGAGGAAAAGAAAGAGGGCAAAAUCGAGGCAAAACGAUGCGUAAAAUUACGUCAUACGGAGCUGAAAGCUCUUAUGAAAAACAAAAUACAAGGGCGGCAUCGGGCACUUAACGUGCUUACUUCUAAACCAAAAGCAAUCAAAGCGUGGUCUGGAUGCCGUUGAAAUAAGUUAAGAGUCCACUGCCGACAAUGCAAGUCGCGCAGCAACUAAAAUCAAAACCACAUGCAGGAGGGAGUAAGCAAAUGCUUCCAGCAGAAAGAAGAAACAAAAGAAAAUAUUACACAGAAAAUAAAUUAAGUGAAGGUCAAAGUCAAAAGGGAUGGCUACAUGAAAAUCAAGGCUGGCAAGCAUAUUUAAUAUUUACGUUACUCGCACGGCCAUCGUGUGCACACACUAACUCCGUCUCCUGAAGAAUUUUACCUAGACGAGCUGCCCCUCGACCGGGCCAGAGACGACCUGCUUCCACCAAGAGAGACCCACGAAAAUAGACAAUUAAAAGUUAUACGCGCUCAUUUAUACUAUUCGCUAGAUGGCGUUGCAGUCGCUACAAUUGAGGAGAGGCUAGGGGGAAAGAAAGGGAAGGGGAAAUUGGCACCUUGAGGCGGAGAGGGGUUAAGAGGGGAGAAGGAAAGGAAGGCUGCGGCACGGAGAUGACGUCACAGAAGCGCGGCGGGCGCUUCACUAGUAUUCAAUAUCUAAAGAAGGAAGACUGUUUUGCUUGACAUGGGUAGAGAACCACAU